AUGGAGAACUACCAGAAGCUCGAGAAGAUCGGUGAAGGUACCUACGGUGUCGUCUACAAGGCCCGAGACCUUCUCAAUGGCGGUCGUAUCGUGGCGCUGAAGAAGAUUCGCUUGGAGGCCGAGGACGAGGGCGUCCCCUCCACCGCCAUCCGCGAGAUCUCCCUCCUCAAGGAGAUGCGCGACCCCACCAUCGUGCGCCUCUUCAACAUUGUCCAUGCCGAUGGCCACAAGCUCUACCUCGUCUUCGAGUUCCUCGAUCUCGACCUCAAGAAGUACAUGGAGUCUCUCCCCGUCAACGAUGGUGGUCGCGGCAAGGCCCUUCCCGAGGGCAGCUCCGAGUACCUUGGCCGCCUCGGCCUGGGCCAGAACGUCAUCCAGAAGUUCAUGUGGCAGCUCUGCGACGGCGUUCGCUACUGUCACUCCCACCGCAUCCUUCAUCGUGAUCUCAAGCCCCAGAACCUGUUGAUCGAUAGAGACGGCAACCUGAAGCUGGCGGAUUUCGGUCUCGCGCGCGCCUUCGGUGUCCCUCUGCGCACUUACACCCACGAGGUCGUCACCCUGUGGUAUCGUGCCCCGGAGAUUCUUCUUGGUGGACGCCAGUACUCCACCGGCGUCGACAUGUGGUCCGUUGGCUGCAUCUUUGCCGAGAUGUGCACCCGCAAGCCUCUCUUCCCCGGCGACUCCGAGAUUGACGAGAUCUUCAAGAUCUUCCGCUCGCUCGGAACGCCGACCGAGGAUGUCUGGCCCGGUGUCACGUCCUACCCUGACUUCAAGAGCUCCUUCCCUAAGUGGAUCCGCGACGAGUCUCUGCCGCUUUGCACGAACCUUGAUGCAGAGGGUCUUGAGCUUCUCGAGAUGAUGCUGGUGUAUGACCCCGCUAGCCGCAUCUCGGCCAAGGCCGCCUGCAACCACCCGUACUUUGAGACCUACCCCGACCAGCACUCUGGCCAGACCAUCAGAAGCGGCGGCCGCAUCAACGGACACUACGGCAACUAG